AUGGCGGUCGAGAGGGGCAGUGUUCCAAAGUACAAGUGCCUAUUGGACAAGGAUAACGUGGACACGACCUGGUCGCAGCCGCCGCCAGCGGCAGCGACAGCUGCAGCCACUAACCUGAGGCUCUUGGCAUCGGCCAGGGGAGGUGCCUUCGGGACGUUGCCGCGUGCUCCAUGCCCGAGCUUUCUGGCCGUGGUGGUGAGCUCGGCGCCCGACCGUUCUUUUGAGCGCCAGGCCAUACGUGACUCGUGGGCCCACGAUGCCCGGCCGGGACACAGUGCCGUCUACUUCCUACUAGGCCGGCACGCCCAGGACGCCACUAGAAGAAGUAGCGUGGUCCGAGGUCGUGAAAGGUCCGGCGGCUGGGAGUCGAGCGACGACUCUUCCAUUCUCCCGGAAAGCUCUGUGUUCGGCGACGUGAUCCGUGCCGACUUCGAGGACACCAGGAAGAACCAGACGCUCAAGUCCCUGCUCCUGCUCCAGUGGGCGCACACUUUCUGCCCACGCGUGAGCUUCGUCCUGAAGGCGGACGACGACGUGUACGUGGACCUGCCGCGCCUGAUCGCCCUGCUGGAGUCCAAGAAGGCAGCCUUCGAGAACGACACGCGCCGCGGUAACGGCGACGGCUUCCUGCUCGGCAAGCGGCACGAAAGCAAGCCGAUCGGCCGGAACCGCCGAAGGUACGGAAAACCCGCCGGUUCUACCUGGGCGCCCAUCUACUUGUCCGGCGCGGCCUACGUGAUGUCGGGGGCUAUCGUGGGUCCGAUGCUUCGCAAGGCGCUGGAGACGCCCGCCCUUCACCACGAGAACGUCUUCCUCACAGGAAUCGUGGCGUCCAAGUUGAACGUGCGGUUGUUCCACUCGCCCUGCUUCGUCUGCUGCGACGAGUUUACGGACCCGUGCGCUUACCGUGGGCUGCUGGCCGCCACCGUCACCAAGCCCGACGACCUGCGCAUCGCGUGGAUGCUCGCGCGCGGUCACGCAGUCGGCGGCUGCGUUCCGCCCAACGACACCGACCGCCUACACUGCUGA